AUGCCAGCACAGUGGAACUCAUACCUGCGCGAGCAUUUGAAACUGACAGUGAGCCGCAGAACACUAAGAUGUGAGGGAGCCACAAGGUUGAGCAGACUUGUCGUAUUCAACCGCUAUUUCGAGGCUGCCGAUCAUGUCCGAUUUCCCCCGGCGUCCUUGCUCCAAGCCAACUCCACACCGUGGUAUGAGGAGUACUUCCAGGCCUACACCCAGUGCAAGACCUGGGAAGGUAUGAUUGCUGCUGACCUGACGGCCUGCGACUACUACUGCACAUCCCAGGUGAAGGUGAUGGGCGAGAACUGCACCUCGCUGGGUGAGGAGUGUGGCCCGCUGGAUUGCGCCCCAGUGAGCGGUGAGGGCUACAAGGCCUUCCUGGAUCGCAUGAUCGCUGAGCUUAAGGCGCAGAUGGGCGUUCUGGAUCUGGCCCGGUACAACGAGUCCCACCGCUGCAACGACAUCAUGGGCACCGCGGAGCGGUGCUUCAAGAACUGCGAUGGCCAUGUGGAGGAGAUUGUCCCGAAGACCCAGUCGGACAUUCCAGGAUGCUGUGCUCCACGCACUCAGGGAGAGGACGCCAAGUGCAAAGAGCUGACCAGCCAGCGCGAGGCUUGGGAGGCCUAUGACCAGUGUUACGACACGUCGAUUCCGCAGUGGGAGACGACCAAGGCAGAGCAAGUCGCUGAGGGCCAAGCACGCAUGGCUCAGAUGCGCUCCCUGCAGAGGAUGCUUUGCUACGUGGACUCCUUUGGCCCCGACCAGAAGUCCAAGUUCAGCAUUUGCAUGGAGAAGGACUUCACCAAGGACGAGGAGGUCCUCGCCAUGGAGCUCGAGCCAGGCGGGAGUGGCACUCACGCGGUGGCACUGCCGUCUCUCCGAGGUGAGACCCCUGGCACCAAGGAGUUCGAUGCGCUGCACUACGGCCACCUGCCUGCGGGCCUGGCUGGCUGCCCCACUGUGCAGUGCCAGGACGGACCCAGGGAAAUCCCAACUCAUGGGACGGGAUCCCACCCCCUCCCCCCAGCCAAAAAACCUCUCCUUUGUAGAUGGCCUUGGUGGAACAGGGUUGCGGAGGGUCGGGAUCACAUGGGGAAGUAG